UCGUGGCGCGCGUCGCUGCCGAUCGUGCCCAUCAUCCGGCUGCUGGCGGCGAUCGUGCCGCAGAUCCCGGCGCUUGUGUCGGGCUCCUCGGCGGACGAGGCCCAGAUCCUGGAGUACCUCCGCAACACCACCCUCGUGGGCUUGCUGCCCGUGCCCCACCCGAUCCUCCUCAGGAGGUACCAGUCCAAUGCCGUGGCCAAGAUGUGGUUCACCACUUUCAUGUGGGGUGUGAUCUACCUGCGAAACGUGAACCCGCCCCUGUUCUACGCCACCCGCGUCAAGCUCAUCACCGUCAAGAUGGUGGACACGCCAGCCCCCUGA